AUGAUAUGGAAAGUGCUGGAUAUACUCGCGAGUAAGGAGAACCCUGAAGUGGGCCGACUUCGUAAGGUCAUUGUGGUGUUUUUCGCACUCUGGGUCACAGAUCUGUUUCUGAGUAUAUACUGCGAGUGCUUGCUUCUCAGCGUUAAUGCGUAUGUUGUAUUCAAUGUGUGGGUGACACUCGUUGCUGCCGCUUUAUCACACCUCUACGGGUACAGCCCCACUGCGAUUCCCUCUCCGAAGAGUAAUAAGAAUCUGCUGAGAUCCAACCUCCCGAGUUCUCCAGUGAAAGGGGGGAAUGACCAGCAGGAGCCGGGCCUGAAUUAUGCAGGGGGAAUAGACAGUUUUUGCUUUGCCCUCAAGAGGCUUCAUGUUCUUGUCUCAUUUGGUUCCGCUGUCUUUGUCAUGUUCGGCUGCCUAAUGGUGUUUGGGGAAUGUCUGCACCACGCGUUUCACCCACACCACACGUCUCCUAUCAUACUCCUCGUGAUCGGAGUAUCCCAUGCUGUACUUUUCUCCCUUUACGGGAGGGAGAUCGAUAUUUACGACCGCAUCAGUGGCCGAGGUGUCCAGACAGGCGAAACGUACAGCGUUUCCCCCGGACAUAUACUUCGUCCACUUCGUCAGCUUCGCCGACGCCUGGCUACUCUGUUGAAGACAACAGCGUGGCGCAGUGGCGUCAUAAGAGGUGCACUUCGUGCCUUUGUUCCGCUCUCGUGUUUGAUGGUUUAUCUCUUGGCGAUGAUCUGCGAAAGCCACGUUGUCGAGCUGACAGGAGCGUUGCUGCUGUCUGCGUGCGUGUUCGUUGUCACACUUGCACGGGCGGAAGAAAUGGCGUGGAUGCUGCUUAACAAUGCUGUGCGGCAGCCGUCGCUUGUGGCCGCAUGCGAGCGCGCCGUCCGAGGCGUCAAACUCAUAGACGGCGUGCUGCAGGUGCAGUCGUCCGUAUUCUGGGAGGUGGGCGAUGACCAGCUGAUGGCGCUGGUGCAUCUUUGUCUCAUGUCGUCGGCGGAUGCCCGUUCUGUCACGCGUGCGGCGCGGCAGAUUCUGGAGGGCGUUGCGACAUAUGUAUUUGUCGAGACACGCAUGCCGAACGAAGAAGACGACGGGGCAUUUUUUAUGGAGGAGGGGGAGUGCGGUCACGAUCACGGAGACCAUGACGGAUGCGGGCAUCAUCAUCAUCAUCAUAGUGUUAGUUAUGUGCAUGAACAUGGACAUGGUGGAGUAAAUGUAAUUGAGCCAGCAGCAAGUGGGACAAUUGUUGAAACCACAUUGAAGCAAAGCAAAGCACCUCUUUCAGCGGCCCCUGCAACCCUACUGCCGUUUCCACAGCCGCCAAAUACUGCCGCCGCCGAUACUGCUGGACGCAGUGAACAGCAAUCGCGGCCUAGAGCAGCGUUCACGUCAGGGAGUGGUCCAAUGCCGACACUUACACAAUCUUUCAACUUUGUUCCCCCACCAUUCCCCAAACCACCUUCCUGA